GAUUGAUCCAUUUUUGAUAAACACUCUGAUCACUGAUCACUGUUGUUUUGCAUUCGGAAUUUGCCUUUGUCUUUGAGUAAUCAUUCACACUUUAAUUUCGCAUUCUAUCGACCGGAAGUUGGAUAUUUUUAUUCGUGGAUAGUUCAGUGUUCAGUUCUCAGAAAGAUUCGUUGAAAUACCUACAUACGUGUACUUUUGAGGAUCCAAUUCUUUUCAUUUCAGCAAUCGAUACCUGAUAAUUUUCAAUUGAUAGUUUGAAAUUUCGGUUCUUUGAGUGAGGUGUUCCUGGGUGUUCUAGUAAUUAUCAUCUCAUUAAUUGACGUUGAUUCUCUCUCGUAUUUCAUUAAUAUUAAAACCUGGCUUUGAAAACAAAUCUGAUUCAUCCAGUGUACUCGUUCAGAAAUAUCUGGUGUUUUUUAAAUCAUGUCUCAUCAAACUGGAAUAAAAGCGAAUGAAGAGCUUCGAAAAUUUUUUGCCAAGUGUAAACUUGGUAAAAUCAGGGUAGUUAAAGUUUCUAUUGAGAACGAACAAUUGACCCUAAGUGAUUACAAGGAAGUUGAAAAAACUUGGGACGAUGACUUUGAUAAAAUGGUUGGACCCAUGAUUGAAAGUAGUCAACCAUCCUAUAUUCUGUAUAGGCUAGAUCAUAGAAAUGAAACAGGAUAUGAUUGGCUGUUAAUAAGUUGGUCUCCGGAUGACGCGCCUGUUAGACAAAAAAUGUUGUAUGCUUCUACUAAAGCUACUUUAAAACAAGAAUUCGGGAAUAAUUGUAUUUCUGAAGAAUUGCAUGGAACUUCUGAGCAUGAAAUUACUCUCGGAGGUUUAACCAAAAAUCGCAAGGCCGAUAGUUCCCCUGCACCCUUGACUACUCAAGAAGAAGAAUUGGCGAGAUUGCGAAAAGUCGAGAAUAUAACAUUGUCAAAUGCUGGUAUUGAUUCGAGAGCUCAGACAUUAUCUGGUGUUUCAUUUCCCAUUUCUAAUGCAGUUAUUGACUCCGUUAAUUCAAUGGUGAAGAAAAAAAUCAAUUAUAUUCAAUUGAAAAUCGAUAUUGAAAAUGAAGAAAUUCACCUGGUUAGAGAUGAUGUUAUCCCCGUUGAUAAACUUUCAGAGCAAAUUCCUAAAGACAAUGCCAGAUAUCAUCUGUACAGCUUUUCUCAUAAGUACGAAGGUUCUACUAUUCAAUCUGUUGUUUUCAUAUACUCUAUGCCAGGAUAUUCCUGUUCCGUGAAGGAAAGGAUGUUGUACUCGAGCUGCAAAGGUCCCCUACUUGAUAUAAUCGAAAGUAAUCUUGGAUUGACUAUUUCUAAAAAGUUGGAAAUUGGUUCAGAAGAAGAAUUGACCGAAGAUUAUUUGAUUGAAGAAAUUCAUCCUAAAAAAGUUGUCGAUAAACCUAAAUUUGAAAAACCAAAAGGUCCACCGAGCCGAGGGGCUAAACGACUGACGAAAAUCCAAAAAACUUGAAAUCAGUUUUAUAUAUUACGCGGUUUAUCAUUAUUUUUUCUAAUCAAGCAAGUUUUCUUGUCCCCAAAAAGUCAUAUUUAAAUUUAAAGUAUGCGUUAAAGUUUAUAAUAUUUUUUAUACGUUCCUUUUUUCGUGGAUAAUUUGUUAUGAAUGAAAAAGCUUUAUUCACUAUUUUAUUAUAAUGUUUUGAACUUUGUGAUUACAUUUUUUAACGUUUGAAAUGAUUUUAUUUAUUUUUUGAAGAUUCAUUCAUUACGCUUCAUUUUUUUUUCUAGUAUUUCAAUAAUAAGUAUAGGAACGGCUUAACUGACGAGAAAGACAGUAUUUAAAAUGAAAUUUUAUUGUAUAAUUGUAUUACGUAUCUGUGCGCCCAUCAAAGGACACAAUGAUGGAAUUUCUGCCACUUGUUAACAAUGUAAAUUUAUGAAAUAAAAUAUUAUAAAAACGUU